CACCGCGGUCACAGGCCCCUUGAGCGCUAGCCCUCCCCACUCCCCUUCCCAGGCAGGGCCACCAACGCCUCCAGCAGCCGCUCUUCUGUCUGGUCCGUGGAGGUGGUUGGUUACCAUGGUGAAGCUGGCAGCCAAAUGCAUCCUGGCAGGAGACCCAACCGUGGGCAAGACCGCCCUGGCCCAGAUCUUCCGCAGCGACGGAGCCCAUUUCCAGAAGAACUACACCCUGACAACAGGGGUGGAUCUGGUGGUGAAGACGGUGCCAGUCCCUGACACAGGGGACAGUGUGGAACUCUUCAUUCUUGACUCGGCCGGCAAGGAGCUGUUUUCUGAAAUGCUGGAUAAACUGUGGGAGAGUCCCAACGUCUUGUGUCUCGUCUACGACGUGACCAACGAGCAGUCCUUCGCCAACUGCAGCAAGUGGCUGGAGAAGGCUCGGUCACAGAUGCCAGGCGCCACCCUCCCAGGUGUACUGGUGGGGAACAAGACAGACCUGGCCAGCAGGCGAGUGGUGGAGUCGGCCCAGACCCGGGCAUGGGCACUGGGCCAAGGCCUGGAAUGUUUUGAAACAUCCGUGGUUGCCUUUUCAUUUUGUUGAUGGUUUCCUUUGCUGUGCAGAAGCUUUCUGGUUGGUGUAGUCCCACUUAUUGAUUUAUACUUUUGUUGCUUGUGCUUUUGUUGUCAUAUUCAUAAAAUUAUUGCCAAAACUACUGACAAGGAUCUUUUUCCCAAUGUUUUCUUCUAGGAGUUUUUUUGGUUUCAGGUCUUAAGUUCAACUGUUUGAUCCAUUUUGAGUUAAUUUCUGGGAGGUGUAAAAUAGGAAUCCAGUGUCAUCCUUUUGCAUGUGAAUAUCCAGUUUUCCCAGCACCAUUUAUUGAAGAGAUUAUCUUUUCUCCAUUGAGUAUUCCUGACUCCACUGUCAAAUAUUAGAUGACCAUAUAUGUGGGGCAAUUAUUUCUGGGCUCUCAAUUCUGUUCCAUUGGUCUUCGUGUCUGUUUUUAUGCCAGGACCGUAUUGUUUUGAUUAUUAUAGCUUUGUAAUAGGGUUUGAAAUCAAAAAAUGUGAUGCCUCCAACUUUGUUCUCUUUCAGGAUUACUUUGGCUAUUCGAGGUCUUUGUGGUUUCUCUUUGACUUUCUAACACCCCUCAAUAUUUGGCAUUUGCACACCAAAAAAUUUAAGAGCAUUUCUUUAAACAGCAGUUAAAAUGCACUGUUUAUUACUGCAAGAAGUUGGACAGUAUUAAAUAAAAGCGAGUUCAGGGAAGAUCCAUAGGGAUGGCUUCCCUUGCAGGAAGGUGAGGGGAAGGGAACUGAGGUUUGUUGAGCACCUACUGUGUGCUAAGUGUCUUGCACGCAUUAUCUAUUUAGGCUUCCAGCAGUCCUGCUGCUAUCCGUAUCUCACUGAUGACAAACAGACUCAGAAAGACUGUGUUGCUUUCCCUGGUUGCCCAGCUAAUGAGCAGUGGAACCAGAACUAGAACACAGGCCAGCCUGUCCAGCUCGAUAACCUUCUAGAAGGGGCUCUGGCCUCCCACAGAGCCUACUUUGGGAGUCUCAGGGGCAGAAUUCUAGGCCAGAUUAAGCACUAGUCUGAGCCUGCUCUGAAGAUUCUUCACGCAGAGCAGACCUACUCUACAGCUGUCAAACGAUGUCAGCAAGAUUAUGAUUCAUCAUUUAACAAAAGCAUUCCUAUCAUUAGCAAGCCCUCCUAAUGCAUUUGGAAAACGGUUCUGUUUACAUCUGCUAUUUCAGGAGCACUCCAUGUGUAUAAAGAACUUGCCUCCAUUGAAUCCCCUACUUUUUAUGUUGCGUUCUCCGAAGAUCUGGCUUUCAAGAGCUUUCAGACUCAGUUAGAAAUCCUUGUGCAUGUGCCUUGCAGUCCUCAUUCUCUUCCCAUUCAAUGCUUAACUAUACUUGCAACUGACGUAACGUUUUGCUAUUUGACUUUGGCGUAGCCUAGGACGUUAUGCUCUGUACAGUCAAAAGUGUCUUGCGAAUAUAACUGAGUUAUUCUUCUUACGUCCUGCUGAAGAGUGACAGCCUUCCGGUCCCUGGCAGUCAUGAGUUGAGUAUAGACACUCGUCUGGGCCACCAGCUGUCCUCUCAUUUCUCAGCACCCUCUCAGCGCUGCCGCCUCUGGUUCUGCUCUUGGUGACUUCUCUCCUCCACCCUUGGGACAGGAAGUCCGGUAACUUUCUGCAGGAACUGGUUUCCUUUUGCGUGCUUCUGUCACCCCAGCUGGCAGAGUGAAAAGGCUGCUCUUCUCAAAUUUGGGGCAUCUGAAUUCUAGACUGGGCUCUGCGUAAAACAGCUGGGCCACUGCACCCCUGGGCCCCAGACUGCUGUCUAGAAAACAAAGGCACUGAGCUUGACGACUUCGUUCCAUCCUUUGGUUUGGAAAUCCUUCCGUUUUGUUGGGGAUAUUUCAUUACCUCUUAUCAAGGCUGCACUUUUGCCGCCAGCUACGGAUUGUUUGAAAAUCCGUACACACAGGCUCUUGUGCAUUCAUAGUUUGAGCUACUGUCUUGAAAGUAGUGGGUGCUUUCUUCUGCCAACUUAUUUCUUUAAAAAAAUUGAAAAUACCCGUGGAUGCGCACAUAGAGAGUGAGAAACGAUAGCUAAGUGGAGAGGGUACCAUUUUCUUUCUCCCAGAGCCUGUCAGGCUCACCCUAUAGGGCUGGUUCUUCCUACCAGAUGAAGAAAACCUAGGGCAACUUCCAGAACUUUUCUGAUCUCUCUCAGAUAAUAAAAACAUCCUUUGGUCACCUUUAGUCACAAAAUUAUUCAUUAUUUCACUUAUUAAAAUGCCCAGUCCUGAGUGACUGUCAGAAUUCGUAAAGUCAGCUUCGCCUCCUGAGCCUGCUGUGGGAAGCAGGGCCAGGCUGCUGCAUCUGUGUUUCUGGACCUGUGCUUCCCCACCAGCUCACUUCUGCUGGGACCUGCUGUGGCCCCUCUGGACUUGCCAGGUGUCAGAGAUGCCCUCCCUGCGCCCAUCAGGGGCGCUUUCUCACCUGCGGCUUCCACCUCACAGGUGACACCUCCUCAGGCUAGGACACCUCCUCACCUUUCCUGUGACCUCAAUUCCGGGCCGUCCAUUCUUGUUGGGACCCAUCACCCUCCUGGAGGCUGUCCCCGCGGAGUCCCUUUAAGACAGCUCCAGGCUGGGCUUCCGCUGGGCCCGCCGCUGGUCCAGGGAAGUGUUGCUGCAGCCCCAGUUUGACAGAGGAGGCAUUGCAGGCCAUCCCCAGUCUGCACUCUCCUGCUUGGCCAUCCAGACAGCCAACCCCAGCCUCACCCUGAUGCUUCCCAGGCCCGGGUCCAGCACUGGCCUGAGUCCCCGGGCUGCAGGCUUCCUCUUGGGACCCUCCCACUGACCUCAGGAUGAGGGAGAAGCGCCCGCAUCCUGGGGGAAAUGCCACAGCGCUCCCCGACCUCCAUCCUGUCUGCUCCUCCCUCCAGAGUGUGGAGGUCCUUGCCAUCGGUUGUUUUGCCUUGACCUUUGGGGCCUCAGUCAAAACUAAGCAAGAGUGAGUCUCAUUUUAACAUCCUGUCACACACACAGAGAGAGUGGCUAAAAGUACAGGCUCUGCGGGAACAGGUCUAGGUUCAGACCCAGCUCCAUCACGGGCAAGUGUGUGGCUUUCGGCACGUGACCUUAACCUCUCCACGUCUCAGUUUCCUUCUUGUAAAACGGGACGAAUGGUAGUAGCUGCCCUGAGUGGUGGGGGUGGUGGGAAGGAGAAGUUGGGGCAGAGGGCGGAGCACCUGGCAGGAGGGAAGAGCGGGCGAUGCCAGCUCUCUGUGACAGUCCUAAAACCAACCAACUGACUUCUUCAAUUU